CCAGGUGUCCUCUGCGUUUCAGGCCCCACUGCCCUCUUGGCCCAUGGCAUCGCCUACGGCAGUACAGUUACGACCCACCCCGGCGCCAAGGACAAGAUGAUGACCGGAGGUCACUACACGUACUCUGAGGCCCGUGUGCAGAAGGACGGUAAGCUCAUAACCAGCCGCGGCCCCGGAACCAGCUUCGAGUUCGCCCUGGCCAUAGUGGAGGAGCUCAUGGGAGCCGAGGUCGCCGCCCAAGUCAAAGCCCCGCUUAUCCUGAAAGACUGAGCCACGCCCACAUGCACCCAAGACCACACCCACUGUCAUUCAGAAAGGGCACAUUAGCCACAUCCAGAAAGAUGGUAGAAUAGGCAACAUUAUACCUGUCGUAUCAGUGAUGUGGGACUCGGGUAAAAGGUGUCUCAUGACAGGAUGUUGCUCAGCACUUGCUGCCCUUUCUGAUCGAACAGUCCCUUAUUUUAGGAAAUGCUGGACAAAUUGAAAUUAGCCCAGUGUUUUGCGCAUGUCACUUGCUCAAAAUAAACAUGCCCUCCUUACUCUUACUGAUCUGCUGCAAUAAGGGGUGUUGUGUGCUGUGGAAUUUUGCACUUAAACGUGGCUGGAAAACUUUCUAUGCUCAUGUUAAAAAAAUUAUUUGAAUUUUAUUUUUGCAAGAGCAAUUUUGAUUGGGUGUUGAGUGUUAAAACAUUUUUCACAUUAAAUUUGCAGUUACUGCAGUACUCUUGGAUGAAUGACUGAAUUCCAAAACAUUGCAUUUGGGGUACUUGCCCAAAUCAUGUAAUCUAUUGAUGCAGAUUUAAACAAUGAAAUUACAAAAAUAUCACUGUCAAUAAACUUUGAAGAAAUGCCAA